AUGAAAGCGGAAGAUGCCUAUUUAUUUCCCGUAUUAGGGUCAGGGGUUCUACUUGGGCUCUAUACUCUCUUCAAGUUCUUUGAUAAAGACAUGGUGAAUCUCUUAUUAACGGCUUAUUUUGCAUUGGUGGGAGCUUAUAGUCUUACGGAAGCUUUUAGUCCAUUGGUGUUAACUUGUUUGUUUCAAGGCAAGUCAAAGCGAUACAAUCGUUCGAUUCACGUGCCAUUCUAUGGGAUCUACAAGCUGGAAUUGUCUCAAGCUUGGAUGUUUACAUUUGCAUUUGCUGCAAUUGUGGCUGCUCUCUGGUUUCAGACAAAACACUACAUUCUCAACAAUAUCUUUGGCAUUUCCUUGUCAAUUAAAGGCAUUGAAUCGCUCUCACUUGGGAGUUUUAAAGUCGGUGCUAUUCUACUUGGUGGACUCUUUUUUUACGAUAUUUUCUGGGUCUUUGGCACGGAUGUAAUGGUCACGGUUGCUAUGUCAUUUGAUGCACCUAUUAAGCUCAUUUUUCCACGCGAAUUUGCAACGGAAUUAGAGAAACAAAAGAAUUCGAUCUUGGGACUAGGUGACAUUGUCAUUCCUGGCAUUUUUGUGGCACUGUUACUUCGAUACGAUGCCCAUCGUGCUAAUGUAACUAGCAGUCAGCAAUCGUUUCCCAAGCCGUUUUUCCACGUGAAUUUGCUGUUCUACGUUCUAGGUCUUGUUACUACAGUGACGGUCAUGUUCAUCUUUGACGCUGCACAGCCAGCGCUACUGUACCUGGUGCCGGCGUGUCUGGGCUCGGCACUAGUUACUGCGUUCGUCCGGGGUGAGUUCAAGGAGCUGCUGGAGUACUCGGAAGAGGACGAAGAAGAGGAAGAUAGCAGCGAGAAGAAUGACGACGACAAGGACGAUGAUAAGGACGAUGACGACAAGGAGACUAAGAAGUCCAAGUAG